AAAUGAAACAUGUAUUAAUAAAUAUAUAUUAAAGGUUACUCAAUUAGAAUAUGGAGGUCCAGAGGUAAUGAAAUUAGGUUAAUCAGAUAUUCCAUAAAUAUAGAAGAAUUAAUCAUUAGUUGAGAUUAAAUCAACAUCUAUAAAUAGAGCAGAUACUUUAUAAAGAUAAGGUCUUUAUGCUAUACCUAAAGGAGUUACAAAUAUAUUAGGAUUAGAAUUUGCUGGUUAUGAAUUAGAUGAGAAUAGAAACAGAAUAAGAAAAGUUAUGAGUAUAUUACCAGGAGGUGGAUAUUCUUAAUACGCAGUUGUUAAUAAAGAUCAUUUAAUUGAUAUUCCAGAUAAUAUUCCAUUAGAUAUAGUAAUACAAUUAUAAUAAUAAUAAGGCUGGGGGAAUUUGUGAAAUUUAUUUGACUGCUUAUUUAUUGUAUAAGUUAUCAGAUUUAAAAAAAGGAGACUCUUGUCUAAUUUAUGCAGCAGCUUCUGGUGUUGGAUAAGCAGCUUUAUAAUUAUGCAAUAUAUUUGGAAUCAAUGUUAUAGCUAGUUGUUCAAAAGAAAAAGUACAGAUUGUUACUAAAUAUACUAAAAAUAUUAUUAUUAGAGAUUAAUCAAUUGAAUAAUAAUUUUAAUAACUAUAAAUUAUUCAUCCAUUAGGAGUAAAUGCAGUUUUUGAUUGUAUAGGAAAACAAAAUUAUAAAUUGACAUUGGAUAGUUUAACUAUUGAUGGAAAAUGGAUUGUUUAUGGUUUAAUUACGGGAGGAAUUAUUGACAAUUUUAAUUUAAGUCCUUUAUUAUAGAAGAGAAUAAAUCUUAUUAAUACAACCUUAAGGUAAUAUAUUUUUAUCAUAAAUAGAUCAAGAUCUGAUGAUUUUAAAAAGAAUUUAAUUGAUGAAUUUAAAUAAAAUGUUUUACCUUAUUUAUAAAGUGGAUAAAUUGAAAUUCCAGUAGAUUCAAUUACAAAAAUAAAAUGGGAUCAAGAUGGAAUUAAUUAAUUUAUUAGAUUACAUACAGAAAUGGAAUAAAAUAAAAAUGCUGGUAAAUAGAUUAUUUAUUUUGAAUGA